AUGGGCGAGUUUAAGGUUACACAUAAAUAUGUAUUACAAAAUAAUGUGAGAUACAUGUACAGUGGACUUCCACAGUCAAUGAAAUACCGAGGAAGUGGAGAUUAUCCGAACUUUGACAUGCUCCGAAUUACCAGGCAAAAUUCUGAGCUCAAGAAACUAGUUCUGCAGUCUGAUGAGUAUCAAAGACGCAUGAACACAUUCCUCAUCCCUAAAGCACCUGCUUUCCGGAAGUUCACUUCGCAUGCAGUGGAUCCAGUUAUCGAUCGUUUGCUAAAGCCAACGAUUGCCCGGGAAGGAUUUUCUCCGGAGAAGCACUCGGAUAAAUUUCGAUGCAAAGAGUACACCCGGGACCCAGAUAAGUCACGUUUUCCGAGUUAUCAGAAAUUACCCGAGGACCAGGUACGAGGAAUUACGUCACGGCUGCUGAAGCCGACUCACAUGAGCACUUUGAAACAGCGUCUCCCACCCCCACCUCUACGACAAGACCCAGACAGAGCGAGAGUUGUCCAGAUGCAUAGCAUGCCCAUUGUUGAUGGUUGACAAAAAACAGUUCCAUGAGGCUCAUCUUUAGUUACGCAAGAUCAUACCAUUUCUUCACGAGAGGUCCUGUAUCAAUUAAAACAAUCAAAUAUGUC